CAGUCCGCCCAUUUCGUUCCAAACCACGCAGCCUUCGGCUUCCCUUCUAAUUUGAAAGUACUUUCUGGUUUCCGCCCAUGAAAUUCCGAAUUCGCCGCCGCUGCACUCCCCGCACCGUCGCUGAUCCUCCUAGCACUGUUUCUCUCUCCAUUCCUUUCACAACUUCAUUCCAUUUCCAGCUACGGUCCACAUUGUUCACCGUAGACGAUCUUUUGCGACUUCAAAUCAAAUUCAUCUCUUUCUUCUCUCUCACAAUCGCCUUCAGGAAUUCCGCAAGUCUUCUCCCCAGGAACGAAAAUUGAAAACUUCUCCCUUCCAAAACUCAAAUCAACAUCCAGGUACUUCAAAAUUUUUUUCUUCUUGUUCUUGUUACUCUUCGAAGAAUUUUUUAUAAAGCUUAGCCUUUGGAGCAUGGAUCAGAGCAGAAGUGAGGAACUCAGACAAAGUUUGCUGGAUUUUAAGUGUAAGAAGAUAGUUCUUGGGGAUGAUAAAUCAAGUGUCAUUUCUCCGCGCUCUCUGCAAAUGUUUGGGAAUGUUCCACAUGAGAAUUGGGAAGCGAAAAUUGGGUUGGUAACACCUGAGAAGACAAAUGAGUCUUCGCACGCAAAGUGCACAGAGGAAGCAAUUAAGCUCUCUGAAAGUUAUAAGACCAUUGCAGAGUUCUUUGGUUGCAUGAUCUGUUCACUGAGGUUGCUUGGUCUGCGCAAAAGGUUACCUACUUUUCAGAACGUUCGUACUCAAGUGGAAAUUCUAGCUAGAAGGGAGUUCUCAUACAGGCAUCUCGCAGGGAUAAAAUACAUUCUUCCUGAGGCAAUACAGAUUGAGAAGAUCCUUAUACAUGAUCAGAAAACUCUGUGCAUGAAACCCGAUAUGAAAAUUACUUUGCUGCUUGAUGUCGUAGAAGGAUGUCAUGAACAAUCUGCUUUUAUAGCACUGCGCCAACUCUUUGAUUAUAGGCUUUUAAAUUUCUUUAAAAUGCAACCUGAGGACUUUGAUAUUCCGGAAGCCAUCCCGCCAGAGCCCUUCAAUCAUGAAAGUCAAACUAAUAUACCAAAAGUGUUUCUUAUGGCUUCAGGAUCUCAACCACCUUCCGUUGUGAUUGAGCAAUCAAACUCAUCUCAUUUAUACCCUUCUUUCAGCAAGCACUUCUCUCAGAAGUCCAUUGUUGCAAAAACAGAAAAGACCCAACUCUUAGCAUCUCCUGUUACUGUCACUUUGUCAUCUACAAGAUCAGAUUGUUUGCCUAGUGAAGAUAUUGAAUACCAGAUACAGAAAAAAUCUUCUGAUAUAUGUUCUGAGCCUGCCAUCAUCAGUUCCCCUGUUCCAAUGAUUUAUCCUCACUCCUCUGUUUGUUCCAGUGAAUAUGAGAGCCCCAUUGUGAAGCUUCCCUUGGCUACUGAUAGUUUAACAUUAGAAACACCUGCGCAAAUGACACCAAAGCAAUCAAUGCCAAGUUGUGAUGACAAGCUCAAGAUCACAAGUAAACAAAAACUGACAGUUUGUUAUGCAAAAAGGUCUCUAGACUUCUGUAAUUUGGAAGGGGAUGAAAGUGCGUCAAAGUCUAAUGCGGAUGCAAUGCCUCAAACUACGAAAAUAGAAAGAAUUUCUGUGGAAGUGGGUGUUUCUGGUUCUUCUGCACUUUCCCAGAAGGUUGAGAAAAACAAUGGCUAUAUGCAGGAGCAAAUAUCUUCUUCGUUGACUGAUCUUGUUCCUGUGAUAUUCCGUAUAUUUCAGUCUGCUAACUUCUCUUUAAUCACAAAAGAGGAACUCAUACACAAGAUAAUCAUGCAUAAUUGUGAUAUCAUCGACAGAAGAGAGGUAGAAGAACAUAUCAAGCUUCUUGAAAAUUUAGUUCCAGAUUGGAUAUGUAGGAACUUAGCACCAUGUGGAGAUAUUUUAUAUGAAAUGAUGCAUGAACCCUUGCAUAUUUCACACCGUACUCAGGUGCUGAUAUGGCGCAUCGCUUCGGGGCAACGACCUAGCCCACCCUUGCCCACUUUUCACUACACUUGGGUAGUGCAAGUGCAACGCGUCGCUCGUGGGGGACGCCCCAGCAAAUAUUUGCUUAAGAAGAGUGCCAGAUUUGGAUUCAGUUAGGGCACGGCUUAGUAGCUCUCACAAGCCCAGUUGAGAUCCGAUGGUGUUAAAUUUCAAUUACAAAGGAAAGGACUUGGCAAUUGGUUCGCAAUGGCUCUUUCGAACGCCGAUAACUGUUUGGUCCGUUGUACACCUUUAAUUUCUUCUUGGGGGUGGGCGAAAAGCGGCAAUUUGCUUCUCCAAGUUGCAUUGUUCAAUUAUAACUAUUGGUCUAUUGGAGCCUCAGCGCCCCCACAAAGUUUUAUUGUAUUAUUGUUUUGUAUCCCAUUAUUAUUUGGCAUGCUUGAUGGUAUUCAGCCCCUGCCAAAUGGAUCAUUGCAUGCCAAAGGCACUGUUUGAUGAAGUAUAUAGACCUAUUUGCCUUCAAA